AUGUCUGGUGCUGGUCCGAGGGGCAUCAGCCUCCUGAUUCUUAUCAUCAUCUUUACCGCCCUAGAUGCCGUCAUGCUGGGCCUGCGGGUGUGGUCCGCCAAGUUGAUGAGGAGGCCCUUCUAUUGGGAUGAUGGAAUGAUUUUGUUUGCUUUUGCCAACUUGGUGUCGUUGGAAGGCGUAGUCAUCUGGGCUAUCUACAACGGUCUAGGCAAACACACGAGCGAGUUGGAUCUGGCAGAAUAUGCCGUGCAGUUCAAGCUCAUCCUCGCCAGUGGCGUGACCUGGCUGUUGGGAACCGUCUUCAUCAAGAUGGCCAUCUUAUGGCUCUACACGAGGCUCUUCUCCACGGCCCAGUUCAAGCGCUGGGCUCGUAUCCUAAUGGGCGUCGUGGGUGCCUACGGUGUUGCCUUCCUCAUCCUGUUCAUGAGCAGAUGCGUGCCCAUGUCCCAGCAAUGGGACCCCGUCCCGGGCGGCCACUGCCGCGACAUCACCAUCGACCAGAUCGUCUCGGUGUCCAUCAACAUCAUCGUCGACGUCGCCAUGACAGCCCUCCCUAUGCCGAUGCUCUGGGGCCUCCAGAUGCCUCUGAAGAAUAAGAUUGCUGUCAGCGCCAUGUUCGGCAUGGGCCUUGCAACCAUCGCCAUCAUGAUCUGGCGUCUCGUUAACACGCUCACCACGAUCGGGGACCCCGACUUCGUCUACAUCCUCCACGACAUCGGCCUCGUCAGCCUCCUCGAGCUGUGGAUCGGCAUCGUCAUUGCCUGCCUGCCCACCUUGGGUCCCCUUUUCAAGACAUACGUCAAGCCCGCCGUCUCGAAGCUGACAAACCCCUCGAGCAACAAGGGAUCGGUGCAGCUGAAGGACAUCUCCAGCAGCGGCCACAGCACUCGCACGCCCCGUCGGGCCUACGGCAAACUCGAUGACACCACCUCCGUCGAUGACCUCGAGCGCGCCGAGCUGGCAAAGAACGGCGCCGUCACGACCCGGUGUCAGUUCUCCGCGGAAUUCGAGCCACCCCGCAACAGCAAGCCGGGCAUCUAUGUGCACCAGAACAUUGCAUCGGAGACAUACCAUCGUGAAGGAUCACAGAUUUGA